AUCGGUUCAAUGUCUAAAGUAACAAGCUCUUCAAUCAAAGACUAGAUAUCGCAUUUUUCUUGUCUAGUUUUGAAGUGUAAUAAAAUUGAAAAUAAUUUGGUCUAAUUUAGAAAUGUUUAUACUAUUCUGAUUUGAAAGCCGGACCCAACCAGUAACGAAGUGUCAAUUAUUUCGCUGACAACUAACGAGUCUUAUUUCCUGAAUAAUACCCUUUCAAUUCUUCCAUUUCAAAACCCAUCCUCAAUCAAGAGUAGACUAGUACAAAAUCCGAUAAAUUAUUGUCUAUCAAUUUUGAGAAGCAGAUAUGGCGGAUCAGUUGACUGAUGAACAGAUCUCCGAGUUUAAGGAGGCUUUCAGCCUUUUCGAUAAGGAUGGCGAUGGUUGCAUCACCACCAAGGAGCUCGGAACUGUUAUGAGAUCCCUGGGGCAGAAUCCCACUGAGGCCGAGCUCCAGGAUAUGAUAAAUGAGGUGGAUGCCGAUGGUAAUGGAACCAUCGACUUCCCCGAGUUUCUGAACCUCAUGGCUAGGAAGAUGAAGGAUACCGACUCUGAGGAGGAGCUGAAAGAGGCCUUCCGCGUUUUCGACAAGGAUCAGAAUGGUUUCAUUUCAGCUGCUGAGUUGCGACAUGUGAUGACAAACCUAGGAGAGAAGCUGACUGAUGAGGAAGUGGACGAGAUGAUCAGGGAGGCCGAUGUUGAUGGUGAUGGACAGAUUAACUACGAAGAGUUUGUGAAGGUUAUGAUGGCCAAAUAAUGUAUCUUUCUGUUACCAUCCUAGAAAACCUUUGCAAACAUAGAAUUUAUUAAUUAAAAAAAAAAUGCAAUGGUUUCUUCUUUUUUAUCAUUUUAUUUUAGACCAUUAACUUUUAAGCCCUUGAAUGCUUAAACGAUUUCUGUGUAAUGGUUGUGAUAUGCUCACUAUCCUUGUGUUGUGUAUUUUGUGACUCGUAUUUGUUUCAUCAAGGUAAUUUCAUGCACGAAUUAGAUAGAAUUCUUGCAUUUUACCA